AUGAAGAUGGCGAACAUGCUCUACGUGAAGAAAUACUAUGAAAUAUCAAACUCUUACAAGAAGCUUCUUAGAGAAUCCUACGAGAGUGAUAUAAGGGAAAUCAGCAUGAAUGAUUCUGGCAGAAGGGUCAUCAACUCUUAUGUGAAGAAAGUAACCGACAACAGGAUCAACGAUUUAAUCCCAUCAGGGGUCUUGAAUGAAUUGACGAAUCUUGUGCUGGUCAACGCCAUCUACUUCAAAGGGAAAUGGAAAGAAUGUUUCUUCCCGGAGGCAACUCGCCAAUCUAAUUUUCAAGUGAGCGAGAAAGAAACGGUGCCUGUUUCCAUGAUGUUCAUCUCUGGAGAUUUCCCCUUCGGCAGAGACAGCGAUCUCAAUUGCAAAUACGUCAAACUUUCAUAUGUUGCGGACGAGCUGGAAAUGCUGCUUGUGCUCCCUGAUGAAGUUGAUGGGUGGAAGACACUCGGGGAGAAGAUCACAGGGGACACAAUUGCUACAUGGAGCCGAGAGGUGAAGGAGACCAGAUCAAAUAUAUAUAUGCCUUGCUUCAAGGCCGAACGGGAUAUCCCCCUGAAGAAAAUCCUGCAAGAGAUGGGCCUGAAAAAGAUAUUCUUAGAGAGUGCAGAUUUCUCUGGGAUAGCUGGGGAAAAAUAUAUGUUUUUGAGCGAUGCUUUCCACAUGGCCUCCAUUGAAGUUGAUGAAUAUGGGACAGAAGCAGCUGCAGCUACAAGUGAGUGA